CUCUCUCUCUUGCGAAUUUUCUGCAUUUUGUAUUUCCUCCGAAGCCUCUUUCAUCAUUCGCCAUCAUCCCAUCACACGUAUCUGCCAUGAAAUUCUGAACAGAACCCUCCUUUCGAGUCAGUUCGCCAUGUCUGAGACGAGGUGCUCGUAGGAUGAAUUGGGUUGGUAGCAAAUAUGUGAAAUAUGAGCUCUUGGACGCUAAGAGUCUUUGCUUCUGUGGACGUGCAAAAGGUUUGGAAGAUGGGCAAAACGAAUGUCGCUCCAAACGCGAAAUGCCCUCUCUUUACCCCCAUGCUAAAGGUAUUCUUUAUGCCCUGAAAGACAAGGGGAUCGAUGUUGCCAUUGCUUCCAGAUCGCCUACUCCGGAUAUAGCGAAGACUUUUCUGGAGAAACUUAGCUUGAAGUCGAUGUUUGUUGCCCAGGAGAUUUUCUCUAGCUGGUCACACAAGACUGAACAUUUUCAGAGAAUUCAUUCAAGGACAGGGGUGCCAUUCAACUCAAUGCUCUUCUUUGAUGAUGAGGAUAGGAAUAUUGAAGCGGUUUCAAAAAUGGGAGUGACGAGUAUUUUGGUAGGUAACGGCGUAAACCUUGGAGCAUUUAGACAAGGGCUAGCAAAAUUCUCUGAAAAUUUUAACACAGUUGAGAAGAACAAGCAGAGAUGGCGCACAAAGUUCACUAAAGAUGCAGAUUCAUCUGGGAAGAAGUGAAGGCAUUGAAGGUAAGGUUCUGCAUGGAUGGACUCUAUCUAGAAGGUACCGAAAUGGCGGCCAAUUACACUUUACAACUGCAUUGCGGUGUAAGCUACAAUAUUCCUUCUACUGAUAGAAUAGACGAAACCGUGGGUUAUACCCCGAUUGAUUCCAUUAGCUGGAAGUUUCUUCCUCCAACAGAAAGUUGAAAGUUGCAUAUUGAA